GCCAUUGAUUGCCAAUUCAUUUCCCUCCGAAGGAAGAAAACUUUACAACUCGACUCGGAUUGACAUUCCUUUAAGCAGGAGAGCUGUUGAAGUAGACGUGUGAUGUGACCACCACCGCCGAAAUUAAGGGGAGGGCAACGGAGUUCAGUUAUAAAUUAUGCUUAGGCAAAAGUUGAAUUAUUUCUGUGUCCCUAUAUAUAUACAAGCAGAAGGUAUUCGCGUUUUGAAUCUGAAGAGGGGUGAGUCCUGCCAUUCGAAUCUGCCGUAAACAACGGAACUAUCAUGAGCAUGGACAUUCUACCGAGCAGAGAAAGCAAUUUUGAAAAGCAAAACGAAAAACUGUUUCGACAAUGGUUCCAAUUCGCCGAUGCAGAUGGAGAUGGGCGGAUUACGGGAGACGAUGCUGUCAAAAUUUUUUCCCUCUCACUUCUCUCCAGACAGGAGCUUAAACAGGUGUGGGCUGUGGCUGAUUCAAAACGGCAGGGAUUUCUUGGCUUUAAGGAGUUUGUUACAGCAAUGCAGAUAAUAUCUUUAGCUCAGAAAGGGACUGAGGUCACUGCUGAUAUUCUUAAGAAUACAGAGGUGGAGAAUAUCAGUCCUCCUGCAAUGGAAGGGUUGGAUGAGCUCUUAUCUAGACGCAGAUCAUCACCAUUAAAAUUGGCAGCAGAAUCAAAUGGUUCAUCAAACCAAUUACAAGCAGAAUCAGCUCAGUGGUUUACAUCUAAAUCAACCAAGAAGGUGUCAAUUAAUUCGGUUACGUCGAUAAUUGAUGGUUUGAAGAGACUGUACAUAGAGAAACUAAAACCAUUGGAAGUUACUUAUCGGUUCAACGAUUUUUGCUCACCCAUUCUGACCAACAGCGACUUUGAUGCCAAACCGAUGGUCAUGCUUUUAGGUCAAUAUUCAACUGGAAAGACGACCUUUAUAAAACACUUGCUAAGAGCUAAUUAUCCAGGAGCACACAUUGGACCAGAGCCCACUACUGAUCGAUUUGUUGUGGUCAUGUCAGGGCCUGAUGAUAGAAGUGUUCCAGGAAAUACAAUUGCAGUGCAAGCAGAUAUGCCUUUUAGUGGGCUAACAAGAUUUGGCACUGCUUUUCUCUCUAAAUUUGAGUGUUCACAAAUGCCACAUCCGCUUCUGGAGCAUAUCACGUUUGUUGAUACUCCAGGAGUUCUAUCUGGAGAAAAGCAACGUACACAACGUAGUUAUGACUUCACUGGUGUGACUUCCUGGUUUGCUGCGAAGUGUGAUCUUAUACUCUUGUUAUUUGACCCUUACAAGCUUGAUAUUAGCGACGAGUUUAGGCGUGUUAUUGGGUCCCUCCGUGGCCAUGAUGACAAGAUAAGGGUAGUUCUUAACAAAGCAGAUCAAGUUGAUACACAACAGCUAAUGAGAGUAUAUGGGGCAUUGAUGUGGUCACUUGGAAAAGUGCUGAAUACACCAGAAGUUAUGCGGGUAUAUAUCGGUUCAUUCAACGAUAAACCAAUAAAUGAAGGAGCAACAGGUCCUAUUGGAAAGGAAUUAUUUGAAAAGGAACAGGAAGAUCUACUAACUGAUUUGAAAGAUAUUCCUCGGAAGGCCUGUGACCGUCGAAUAAAUGAAUUUGUUAAGCGUGCUCGAGCUGCUACUAUUCAUUCAUAUAUCAUCAGUCAUCUGAAGAAAGAGAUGCCUGCCAUGAUGGGAAAGGCCAAAGCUCAACAACGCCUCAUUGAUAACCUGGCAGAUGAAUUUGCGAAGGUUCAGAGAGAGUACCAUUUACCAGCAGGUGAUUUUCCAAGCGUUGAACAUUUCAAGGAAGUAUUAGCUGGAUAUAACAUUGAUAAAUUUGAGAAGCUAAAGCCAAAAAUGGUCCAGUCAGUAGAUAAUAUGCUGGGAUAUGACAUUCCCGAAUUACUUCAGAGGUUCAGGAACCCUUAUGAUUAAAUACAUUCCAAUGUUUAAAAUGGUAAUCUGGCAUUCAAAUCUUACUUGAAUUUCUGUGCAUGAUGCAUAUCAGAUAGAAGUACCAAAUUGCUUUGACGCAUUGGUAUCAUAGGCUUUUGGUGCAUUGGCAUCAUAUGCAAAUGCUAUGAGAGCAAAUCAGUUUCUCGAUUUGAGAAUUUGGGUACAACACCGUCCCUGUUGAAUUAGUAGAAUGUCUAGUGGUUGUUUGGGCAUAUUAAAUUCAUCCAUUUUUUAAGAUUUUGGUGCAUAGUGCCUCUUAAAUUUCAGUUUAACAUCCAAUUAUAUUCCAGUCUAUGAUUGAUUGUAAGAAUAAAAAACUACACUUAUCUUGAAUAUAAGGCAUUACUAAAAUUCAGUUC